AUGCGCGUGCGCGUGUACGCACACACGUCGAAGUCAACGCGCGUUAAACACAGUGUAGUAUCGUCGUUAAACGGUGGUUCGACGCGUACAUAAUUAUAUUUUAUUAUUUUAACGUCAUAAAACGGCCAAAACUGUUAUAGUAUUAACAUUAAAAUAAAUUAUUACCAAGCGAUUGAGUAAUAUUAUCAUGCUGGUACCCGGCGAAUUUCAUACUACUACCCGUGGGUCACCGACUCCGUCUCCCUUGCAGCAGUCGUGCCAGUGACGACGACCAUCCCCGCGGGCAUCCAUCACCCGACACAACCAUCUGCCGACUUGUCGGACUCGGUGAAAUGAUGACCGCCACCCGAUAUUUUACCGUGGACUCGGUGGUCCAACCGGUACAGCCGGCAGCUUCCACCACAGCCGCCGACUCUUCAACGACUGCAGACUCGUCCACCGAAGUUCCGAGCCUAGGUCGCGAUGGUAUCGUGCAGGUCGUGGUCGGAUAUCACCACAACCGUGACCAAACCGCCACCACGACCACGUCCACGUCUCCGAUCCAGCCGGUCGCGGACGAUCAACCGACGACCGUCCAACACCUUYCUGUGUUGACGACCACUGAAACGAUGGCCGCUGUGAACUCGUCAUCUGGUGAUGCUCAACUACAACUGUUAAACCGAAAACGAUAUUCGGUCACCGACCUGAUGGAUAAACUUCUGGAUGACAUAUACAGAGUGGGUGGUAGCAGCGUGGCUUCUGAAUCGUCCACAGAACAAAUGAAUUGGAGCGAUGGCGGUGGUAGGCCAAUGAUCGCCACUAACGAAAGAUGGUCCAAAAGACUGACAAGAAAAAGUGUGGAAGAGCUGUGUACCACUGUUGACUUGCUCAGAGACCAGUUGAAUGUAUGCUGUGAAGUGCUUGUAAAGGCUCUGAAGAGGAGGGACAUUCUGAUUGCGCGUCGGGACGCCAAGUGCAACAUGAUCACGGCUCUAUUGCACGCGUUCUCUAUGAAACGAAACCGUCCGGUGUUUGAACCGUCGUCGCCGUCAUCCCGUCCGGGCGAUAGCAAGUCGAGACCAACGAAAUAUUCCUUAUCAAAAAACAUUUGGAAGACGGGCGAUGUGAUGAAUGGUUUGCUCAAUACGUUGAAGAACAUUGCCAGUCUCAGCGAAGACACCAAAAUGAGAUUCAACAUGAAACCUGGGCCCGGUGACACCGACUUUGAGCAGUGGCAGAGCGCUAUGAAAAUGGUGGCGAGACUUCCGGACGGCGUGCCGCAUGAAUUCCGGAACACGUUAUGGUUGACUCUGGCGGAAAAAUACUUGUCGUCCAGGAACGUGGAGUGGCCAAAGGUGGAACGGUUUUGCUUCAACGACACGACCAACCCAGACGACGAGGAGCUGGGCGUGCAGAUCGUCAAGGACCUGCACCGAACCGGUUGCAGCCUGUUCUGCGGUUCGUCUGGGCUGGAAAACCAAGCGCUGCUGAAACGGGUGCUGUUGGGUUUCGCUCGGUGGAACAAGGCAGUAGGUUACUGUCAGGGGUUCAAUAUGUUAGCGGCGCUCAUACUGCAAGUGAUGGAAAAAAACGAAUCCGACGCCCUAAAGGUAAUGAUAUACUUGAUCGAAGGUGUGCUUCCCGAGGGUUACUUCGCCAACAAUCUUCGGGGACUGUCUGUGGACAUGGCCGUGUUCAGAGACCUAUUGAGAGUCAGACUGCAAAACCUAUCGAGACAUUUAGACCGGUUACAGACUGAAUCGAAGGACUCCGGAACCAGUUACGAACCACCCYUAACCAAYGUAUUCACAAUGCAGUGGUUUCUCACGCUGUUUUGCAAUUGUCUUCCACAGCGCACAGUGCUUCGGGUCUGGGAUUUAAUAUUCCUUGAAGGAAGCACGGUUCUUUUGAAAACCGCCUUAGCUAUCUGGGACGCUCUGUCCGACCGGAUAAUGACAGUGACAAGUGCAGACGAAUUUUAUAGUAUUAUGGCUGUCCUCACCAGAGAAAUGCUCGAGUUCGGUUUAAUGGACGCCAACAAUUUAAUCAAUACAAUCAGUACGAUGAACGAACUAGUCGAAGUCAAAGAACUCCGGGAAAGAUAUAUGUACAAUAUAAACCCGUGGGUUAGCCACGUUGCGAAACGAGGACUGAGAUUGUUCUACACAGAGUCAGACAUCGAGGAGACCGACAGCGACGACGAUGUCGAUGGCAAAUCUUCGGUGGUCACUGCAAAUAAUGACCGAAAGGACGACUUCAGAAUGAAACAUAACAAAUCUAGCAGAAGCAAUAGGCAGCCAACUCCCAGUUUGGAAUCAGAAAGAGAAAAAGUGGCAUUAGACAUAUCUUCAUUGAAAAAACAAUAUAGCAAACUCAAAGAAAGGCAGAAACAAGUCCAAGUAAUUUUAACAGCUGCUUGUAACGGACAAAACUUUAUCGGGACUUCUAACUCUUCAGCGAUGAAUCAUUUAUUGUUCGGAAAAACGGCUCUGAGAUGCACAUCGAUCGGGCCCAUACCCGGAUCCAUACCAUUAAAAUACAUACAAGAUGUCCAGAAACCAGAACCCAAAAUAGAACCACGAGUUCGAGAGAAACAAACAGUAUCAUCAUCRUCGUCUUCGUCUACGUCCACCGAACUCUGUGAUGAUCCCGCGUCCGACUGCUGUAGUGAACGGUCGAUUGAAGACGAUGGGUGCAACGGCCACGACGAAGACAGAGAUGGAAACGCUGAAUUGGUCGUUGACGUCGUUGUAGAAUGUCUACCGGACGUCAAAUCUGGUAACGACGAUGACAGUGAUGUGAGUCUAGCCGAAAUGUUGAGAGCCAAUUCGGAACUGUUAAAGCGGAUGUGCAGAGGGAAAGCUGCAGCGGAAGAACCAGAAAUAGACUUGGAAGAACGGUUACCGGACUUGAUCAACGACAUCGGCAUGCUUGACGAAUCGUUGACCACCGCAGAGACUUCGACCACGGACGAUGAUACUCGGGUCCUAUUUGCGAACGACUCAAUAUCCGCUGUCGAGAGUUCCACCGACGACUUCCGAGGUUUCUCAACGAUUGAAUCGCAAUCUACAGCCCAGACUUCCAUCACCGACGAAUUCCGAGAGUUUUUUGCGGAUGAGUCUAUAUCUACAGCCAAUCACGAUAAUCGAGUACUUUUGCCCCAUCAAUCCAAAGAAAACCAAGACAGCAUUGAGGAUUCUACUACGCAGGCAUCGAAACCAUUUGCUCCGUUUCCUUCAAAAGCCAGGCAGCCUAAACGGCUUGGCAUCGAGUUAGGUCUAUACCCGGACGACUCGAAUUGAUUUCUCCGUUUUUUUCAAUGGUUUAUUAAAGAAUUUUAAAUUGAAAAAAAACAAUCAUCGUUAAGUAUUUUUUUACAUAAAAUAAUUUUUUUCGACAAUAUUUUAAAUAUUAUUAUAAUUUAUUAUUAUCAUCGCGUCUUAUAUGAGUAGGAAGCAUCAUUUUUGUAAGAGACUGAUGUCUGAUGCUUGAUCUUUUUAAACUUUUUUGGAGAUUUUACCACAUAUGUGAUAUUUUGUAAAAA